UUAAUUUCAACAGCUAAGGAUUGUGCUGAGCUGUACAAAUGCGGAGAAAAAAUCAGCGGCGUUUACUCAAUAGACCCUGAUGGUUUAGGUCCCUUUAAAGUGUAUUGUGACCAGACAACAGCGGGUGGGGGAUGGACAGUGUUUCAGAGGAGACUGGAUGGUUGCUUGGAUUUUAACCGCGAUUGGGCUGACUACAAGCAUGGCUUUGGUAAUUUUCUUAUUGGUGAAUAUUGGCUCGGAUUGGACAAGAUUUAUCGUCUGACGCAAAAUGAGACGGAAAACAGACUUCGAGUAGAUCUGGGAAGAGUUAAAAACAAUGCGGUCUACGCUGAAUAUUCGUGGUUCAAGAUCGGAGACGAGAAAGCCAUGUACCAGCUAAACCUUGGAAAUAUUGCAAGUAAGUCAAUUAGCUUCCUUAAGGCAAUUAUGUCAACUGCAGCCAUGACAACAUCCUCAAUAACUAGCAUUUACGGCACAUGCAUGUCUCCCAAACGACUGUAUUGCGCUUCUUUAUUUAAAAAGAGCUUCAUACUUCAACAUUCGUCGAGAUAGGAACCAGUCGGGAAGUCUAUAGAGCACGAAAGAUGCGUAAGAGUCGCUCGAUUCGAAGCUGAGUGCAACUCGAGCUUCAUCAUCAAUUUCGUCAUUCUCGAACUUAUAUCGAUAUUAAUAACUAUACCAUCACUUAAUGAUUAAAUGGUAUCAUAAUUUGUUCUUGAUAUCAUUAUCGUCGUCUUCUUCAUCCUAAUUACUAUUAUGUCAUUAUUAUUAUUUUAAUAUUAUUACUAUCAAUAUCAUCGUUGUUGUUGUUAUUGUUGGUAGAUGCGACUGUCCAUGACUCUCUCAAGUAUCAUAAUGGCUCGUCGUUUGGUACCCGGGAUAAAGUUAAUGAACACUGUGUCCAUAAUAUAUCGGGAGGCUGGUGGUACGUCAAAAGUACUGAGUGUGCUGUGUUGUCAAAUCUCAAUGGUGCUCAUCAGCAUUGUGGAAAGGAGAACAAGACCACAGCCAGGGUCUGGGCUAAGCAAAAGAUCCAUUGGGGUAAGUUAGCUGCCACUGCAGAAGAAACCGCUCCAACGACAUCUGAAAUGAAAAUUAAAACUGUGGACUUUCCUUAA